AUGGGCAUCGCGCAAAGCGUGGAUGACGCGUACUUUCAGCAGAAGGUGAAGCUGGGGCAGGGCGGCUUUGGCACGGUUUGGCGUGCGGUGGACAGGAAGACCAACCACUUUGUGGCGGUUAAGCAGAUCGACAAGCUUCAGUCAUACUGGCAGGGAGCAAAGCGCGCUGAAAUUCAACUGGAGAUCGAUAUACUCAGAGCCUGUGACCAUGAAAACGUCACAAAGUUGUACACUUACUUCGAAGACAGCCAGACGAUCUCGAUUGUCCUUGAAUACUGUGACGGAGGGGACCUGGAUGACAAGCUCAUGGAGCAAGGUUGGCAGCUCCGCGAGACGGAAGCUGGUGCAUGGACGAGGCAGAUCUGUGCGGCCAUAGCCCAUCUGCACGCCAGAGGCAUUUGCCACCGUGACAUCAAGCCAGGGAACUUCAUGCUGUCUUCUGGUUUGCUGAAGCUUUCCGACUUCGGCUUCGCCACGUUCCUCGCAAAGGGUGAGACGAGUAAGGAGGAUGUCGGAACGCCGGCGUACAUGGCGCCAGAGCAGCACCUCCUGAAGAAGGGGAGCCCAGGGUAUGGGCAUCCGGUCGAUGUCUGGGCUGCAGGCUGCACACUUCAUAUGCUUGUCUCCGGCGGUCAUCACCCUUUCAUCAAAGGAAAGCCGAACACCAAGCAAGUCCUGGACAUGGAGAAGCUCUACGGAGGUACUUUAGAUUUUGGUGCCUCCAUGUUGGGUGGUCUCAUAGGAGGAGCUUUCCAGCCAGCACCACCGGAAGCUCGAAGCCUUUGUCAGCGAAUGGUUUGUCCUGACAUCGAGAAGCGGCUGUCCGCGGACGAGAUCUUGCAGGACAGUUGGCUUACUCGCACUGCGCAGGAUGCAAUCUCGAACGUCGCAAGCUUGAAGGAAAAAGGCACUGCAUCGCUCAGUACAGGGUGA